CCAAACACGCCUCUAUCUCAUUUUUCUAGAACUUUCUUCGUCUGAAUCUCCGGUGAUUUCCAGUUUCCGCCUUCGCCAAUGCUGAAGCUCAAAGAUUCGCUGUUUCUCUUUCCGCUUCUGUGUGUCGGUUUUUUCCUGUUUACCGUCGAAGCUUCUGUUCACCAGUACCGCGGGGAGAGGUUCGUGACCAAGGGCAAUGCCUUGGUCGUUCACGGUGGCAGCGAAGGGAUUUACUCCUCCCUUACUAAUAAUCGCAAGGAAGAAGAUGACGCCUCUGCUAUUGGGGACUCUUACAUCCGCUUUGAAAAGAUUACAUUCCGGAGAACAGAUGAAUUUUCUAAUUUUAGUUUGCAUCCUAUUCAUGCAAUUGUUUUUGAAGUGGAAGACAGAGAGACAAUUGGGGGUUCAGCUUAUGGGGGUCAAAGAGCUGUCUGCUGUUCUGCAGAUCUUGCUAAAUUAGGUGUGUGUUCACAAGGAGAAGUCAUUUAUCGGCCUUCUACAAACAAUCCUAGCUGGCCUCAAGUUUUUCACGUUGCAUUUAAUCGAGAUGAGUUGGUUGCAACUUUGCCAUCAAAGUCUAUACAAAUUACCAAAACUGGGAUGUAUAACUUGUAUUUCAUUCACUGCAAUUCAAAUCUUACGGAUUUGAUUGUGGAGGGAAAAACUGUAUGGAAAAAUCCUACUGGCUAUCUACCUGGUAGAAUGGCACCACUAAUGAAUUUCUAUGGCUUCAUGUCCCUCGCUUUUGUGAUCCUUGGCAUCUUUUGGUUUUCUCAGUAUGCAAGAUUUUGGAGAGAAGUUUUUCCUUUGCAGAACUGCAUAACAUUAGUGAUAACUCUUGGCAUGUUUGAAAUGGCUCUUUGGUAUUUUGAAUAUGCUGAAUUCAAUGAGACUGGAAUCAGGCCAACUGGGAUUACCAUGUGGGCAGUCACUUUUGGUACUGUUAAGCGCACAGUUGCACGCAUAAUUAUUUUGAUGGUUUCUAUGGGCUAUGGUGUUGUCAGACCUACCCUAGGCGGUCUUACAUCAAAGGUUAUCAUGCUUGGAGUGACCUUCUUUUUGGCAUCUGAAGUUCUUGAGUUGGUCGAAAAUGUUGGUGCAGUUAGUGAUCUUUCUGGAAAGGCCCGGUUAUUUUUGAUUCUACCUGUGGCAAUCUUGGAUGCUUUUUUCAUACUGUGGAUAUUUACUUCCCUUUCUGCUACUUUAAAUAAACUUCAGGCUAGAAGGAUGAUGGUAAAGCUGGAUGUAUACAGGAAGUUCACAAAUGCCUUGGCAGUUGCUGUUAUUGUAUCUGUGGGUUGGAUAUGCUACGAGCUCUACUUUAAGUCAAGUGACGUUUAUAAUGAGCACUGGCAGAAUGCCUGGAUCAUCCCAGCCUUCUGGCAAGUCUUAUCUUUCUCUCUUCUAUGUGUCAUCUGUGCUCUUUGGGCACCCUCUCAGAAUUCAAUGAGGUAUGCAUUUUCGGGAGAAAUGAACGAAGAAUUCGACAAGGAUGUUACUUCUUUGACACUUAUAAAACCAUCCCCAUUAGCUUCAAUGGAUGUUCUAGAUGCAACAGAAGCUAGACUAGCACAGAGAAACAAUGGAACAUCAAAUGGUGAUUUGGAAGAAGACAAGAGAGAGUGACUUAAAACCAUGGUGCUUAGUGAUUGCUAAAUUUCUGCCUGGUUAUUUCUGUACCAAUCCUCCAAUUGCUCAUUGAAUCGGAAAUGUCAUCAAGGUGCGAAUCAUAACUACCCAAAAGUCCAUGGCUAUUUUUCUCUCAACCUCUUUCUUAAAGGUAAUCUUGUUUUUGUGUAUUUGUGUAAUUGUUUAUUUAGUGUUUAAAUUGUUCAACAAUUAUUAUUUCAACAGUGAGGCAGCUUAUCAAUCUACGGUGAUGCAUCCUUUUUAUAUGAAAAUAUGGUGACUUUUUUUUUUUUAAAUCAAAGAACCUAGCAUAA